UGACCAAAACGGAUUUUAUGUCCGGUCCAACCGUCCAGGUGACCAACAUUGAUGAGAACGAUGAGGUUGAGUUCGUGUGCAAUUCAUGGAGUCAUGGCGUGUGUCUUUUGAGAUUUAUGGGUCACUGUACAUACAGUACAGCGCUUCGGAUUGGUUUAGGGGUUUUCAAUUAUAAAGGACGAUGAAAUGUGUUCAGAUUUGUUCCGCGUCACAUCGGAAAUCGUUUCUCUUGCGAGAUCGGGUCGAAUCACUUAUGCGAGGAAACUGUUCGACGGGAAGCUAAAGAAGGACCUGAUCGCUUGGAAUGCCAUGCUCACUAGCUAUUCUCAACUGGGUCUUUUCCAAGAUGCUUGGUCUCUGUUUUCCGACAUGAGGGUUGCCGACAUUAGACCCGAUGGUUUUACAUUUACUACCGCCUUGAGUGCAUCCGCGGAUGUAGGCAACCUCCGUUGUGGAAGGAAAAUUCAUGCAUUAGUUGUUAGCUUUGGAUACAGUUCUUCUUUGCCUGUCUCCAAUUCGCUUAUAGAUAUGUAUGGGAAAUGCUCUAGUCCAUUUAAUGCAAAUAAAGUGUUUGAAGAGAUGAGCAGAAAGAAUGUUGUUUCUUGGUGUUCUCUCCUGUUUGCUUUCGUUAAAUGCAGUCAAUUUGAUAGGGCGCGUGAAGUUUUUGACAAAAUGCCCAGCCGGAGUGAAGUUGCAUGGAAUAUGCUGAUGGCUGGCUAUGCUCGAGCUGGGGAUAUCCAAUUAAGUAUGGUUUUGUUCAAGGAGAUGCAGGAGGCCGCUUGCGAACCCGACCUAUGGACUUUCACAACGCUCAUGAACGCUUGUGCUGAAUUACCCCAGUCUUGUUAUGGACGCAUGAUGCAUGGGUUUAUUCUUAAAAGUGGUUGGAUCUCUUCUGUGGAGGCUAACAACUCAGUUCUGAGCUUCUAUGCUAAGGUAAGCUGCCAGGACGAUGCUUUUAAGGUGUUUGAGUCCAUAGACGCUCGAACACAGGUCUCUUGGAACGCCAUGAUUGAUGCCCUCAUGAAAGUUGGAGAUGUUAAUGAAGCUCUUGCUAUAUUUCGGAAAUCACCUGAAAAGAACGUUAUUUCGUGGACAACAAUGAUCACAGGGUAUGCAAGAAUUGGGGACGGAAUUCGGGCCCUUAGCUUCUUUAUCGAUAUGACAAGGAGCCUUACCCAACCAGACAAUUUUGCAUUUGGGGCUGUACUUCACGCAUGUUCUAACUUGGCAAUUCUAGGAUAUGGUAGGAUGAUACAUGGCUGUGUAAUUCGCCAUGGUUUUCACUCUUUUAUCUAUGUGGGCAAUGGCUUAGUUAACAUGUAUGCAAAGUGUGGGGACAUAGAUGGAUCAUUGCAAGUGUUCAAUGGUAUUGCCAACAAGGACUUGGUAUCUUGGAAUGCAAUGCUGUUUGGAUUUGGGCUACAUGGUCUGGCUAUCGAAGCUCUAAGGGUGUAUGAAGACAUGGUGGCAUCUGGGUUGAGGCCAGAUAAGGUGACCUUCAUUGGACUGUUGAUGGCUUGUAGCCACUCAGGGCUUAUAGCACAAGGCCAGGUGCUCUUUGAAUCAAUGAGGUCAGUUUAUGGACUUCCUCAUGAGGUUGAUCACAUAGCAUGCAUAGUUGAUAUGCUCGGCCGAGGUGGAUACUUAAAGGAAGCAAGAAAGUUAGUUGAAGAAUGUUCAAGGACGGCAAAUAUGAAAAAUAGCUCACUUGAAGCUCUGUUUGGUGCAUGUGCUGCAAAAGGGGAUGUAGGGCUUGGGGAAAAGGUGGGGAUCGAUUUGAUGAUGAUGGAACCUCAAAAAGAGUUGGGAUAUGUAUUGUUAUCAAAUUUGUAUUGUGCAAAUGGUCAAUGGAAGGAAGCAGAGAAUGUGAGGAAGGUAAUGAUGGAGCAUGGGGUGAAAAAAUUGCCUGGCUGUAGUUGGAUUGAAGUUAGAAACAGGAUUAAUAUAUUUGUAGCAGGGAAAAAUCCACAUCCACAUAUGGAGGAAGUGUGUAACAUAAUAAACUUUCUUGAAUAUGAAAUGAGAAAUCCAAGUUUUAUUGGUUUUGAGAAUUAUAAAGACUUCAUGUUUUAAGGAGUUAUGGUACUUUUUUUAUUGGGUAACCAUUACCAGGAACUUAAUGGAUUAUGACAGCCUCACCUUUGCAUCAGGAGCAGAAAGUGAAAGAUCAUGGCAUAAUGAUCACAUAUGGAGUCACUUAGGAAUCUGGGGAAUGCUCCAUAAUUUGCUGUACGUUUUAUUGCAUUGCAGAUUAAGAUACCAUCUGUAGAAAUGCUCAUAAGCUAA